AUGGGAUGUUCGGGUAAACGAGGCGUAUGCAUGUGGAUCUGGAUCGUGGUUGCCUUAUGUGGAAUCACGGCAGCAGGAGUUGGGACAUAUUUCUCAAUCGAAAAAUGCUCAGCGGAGAACAUGGGCAAAACGGAUUGUAUUUUGUCCUUGUUUUCCUGUGGAGUUGGAGGCCUUGCAACUUGUUUAGCAUUAUUUGGAAUCUGUUGUCUACCAGCCAGGCAGAAACACGAGUCUUUGGAAGAGGAAGUUGAUUCGGAGGAAGACAUGGAGAAUGCUGAAACAGAUGAGCCCAAAAGGUCACGUUGGUUUAAAAAGGAUAAUGAUGAACCUGAGCAUCUGGGUUGGCAAUUCGAUUUGUUCCUAAAAGAAGCCUCCAAGCACCCUGAAGUUCUUGAGAUUGCUGGCAAUUUUCUCCUUAGACUUGCAAAGCAUAAAAAGUAG